AUCGCACCUGGUGCCUUUCACAUGCACAACUCAUCCACACGUCUGACCGUAUCAUCCGCCACGGGUUGUCACUGAGGGAUCAUCUAUCAUCCAUUAUCCCCGAUUUUUGACACGCUCUGUUCGCGACAUGUACGAAACUCAGGAUGUCAUAGCGAGCACCCUCCCCCAGCUAUUCGAGCAUUCGGAUAUCUUGAUAACCAAACUCGCCCCGGAGCUCUUCCAAUCCAUCAGGAAUACACCUCUUGAGACCACAGAUCCCACUAACGCGCUCAUCGAACGCGCUAUCGCUAUCAUUCACGCAUGGAAUGCACAUGAACAAGCAGAAUUCAUCGCUGCACAUCCAAGGAUCGGGGAAAUCAAACAGCUCUCUGCGUUGAGUGCCAAAGAGCAAAGUGGUGGCCUCUCCGCUACCACAAGGUUGCAGGCACCCCCGGAAGUGUUGAAACGGCUAGAACACCUUAACGCGUGUUACGAGCGUGUGUACUCUGGACUGAGGUACAUCACAUUCGUGAACGGGAGAACUAGGGCCGCAAUUGCGAGGGAGAUGGAGGACAAGCUACAGCUCGGGCAUCCUUUAGAGAGCUAUCCAGAUGGGCCUCCGCUGAACGAGCCUACGGCAGAAAGCAUGAUCUGUGUCGCGAAGAACAGUGAGGAUUGGUUGCACGAGCUGACACGAGCGGUAGAUGAUGUAGGGAAAAUUGCUAAGAGUAGACAGAAGUCAUUGGGGUUGUGAUGACAUCGAGAAUAUAAGAUCGGAGUUCCGUAUGUACAUUCUGCCAUUACAAUGUCCAGGGAGACUAUAGCAAACAUAAUCACGGGCAGAUCAAUGAACAAAUAAACACGAACACGAACACGAACCGAACAACAAGGGAUCGCAGAAGGAAGCGAAGCAUAGAAGUACAACAGUAUCGCGAAUAAAAACUCCAGCGCUGGGAGAUAAAUAAAGCAAAAUACGCUCUGAAAUGAACAAACUAUUCGUUUGAGUUCGCCUCGCUAAAUGCGAGUCGUGUGUC